AGUGCUACACAACACGGCUGCUCUUCAGUGCUGUGUCGUGAAGUCCUUUUGCUCCCUCAAUCGUCAUCAUCUAAAGGCACAAAUCAGACAGCAUAGUUCAAUCAUAUCGAUGACGAAAUUGACCAUUGCGUUUUCCUCUGGACGCAUUUGAUCAAUGCGGUUGUUGUGCAUAACACUGUUGGCAUCCUUAACUUCUACCUUGUUCUACGCAAAGUGAGAGAGCUUAUGAGUCAAUUAAGAGAUUGCUCUUGGACAUGCUCUUAUCAUAUACUGAACGAGUCCGGAAUGAUUCCUCACUGCAAGUGUUCCAGAGAUGAGAUGUGUUGGUUUGUGAUGUUUGACUCCAACGAGAUCUACUUGCAACUACAAAGACAACUAAAUUUUUAGCAGAAUCCAUCGUUCAACAAGAGAAGCCAAAAAUUAGAGCAGGUUGGAUGUGGGGCCAAUCUCAAGUGGAACAAAGUUGGGGAUCAUGAACUCAAUGAUUGAUGGCUCUCUACAACGGGUGGACGACGAUUGGCUACGCCCUCGCGAUUUCCUCUUCUAUCUACUGCGUGAUUCAACCGUCAACGACGCGCACAAUCACGGAGAAGUUGGCAAUAUUGCCAAUGUCACGCAGAGCUUCUUAGGAUUCUUGCAAAGUGAUGUGUUGCUGUUGACUGGGCUAGCGUCGUCGCAACAUGGCAGUGAUACCAGUGUGUUCGGUGGCCUGGACAACGUCACCGCUGCAUGGGACGGCGAUUACGAUCGGCCGUAUUAUGCCCAGUCGUCAAAUGUCGUCGAUUCCAGGACGAUGAAUGUUAGCAGUAGCUACAGUGAGAAUGACUAUGACUCCGUCGGCACCACGGAUAGUAACAAUGACGUGUCGGAGAACCAUUCUUCGCCUUAUCUCUUGCCAUGGCCACAGAGGACUUCCUGGAUCGCCAUCUUUACCUUGAUGCUAUUCGUUGCUAUUGUUGGAAAUACUUUAGUUGCCUGGAUCGUACUCGCCCAUCGCAGAAUGAAGACAGUCACCAAUUAUUUCCUGGUCAAUCUAAGUCUGGCCGACUUGACAAUGUCUCUAUUCAAUUGCAUCUUCAAUUUCACCUUUAUGCUCAACAGUCAUUGGCCAUUCGGAGGUUUCUAUUGCUCGGUUAACAAUUUCAUCGCCAACGUCACCGUAGCGGCUAGUGUCUUCACUCUGGUGGCCAUCUCUUUCGACAGGUAUAUUGCCAUUGUUCAUCCAUUGCGACCGAGGAUGAGUAAAUGCAUCGCCCGUAUCGCCAUUACUCUCAUCUGGUUGGCCAGCUGCAUCCUGGCCGUCCCUUGCCUUCUCUACUCACAAACCAUCUCGCACAAGUAUUCCAACGGCGAAGUUCGAAUUGUUUGUAUCGUUGUCUGGCCAGACGGACUGCCAUCCGUUUCUCAACAGGAUUUCAUCUAUAAUAUAAUAUUCAUGGUGCUCACCUACCUGAUACCGGUGAGCGUGAUGGGCGUGUGCUAUUCGAGGAUGAGCUACAUCUUGUGGCGGAGUCAAACUAUUGGAGAAUUAAACCAACGUCAAGCAGAAUCCAUUCAGUCCAAACGCAAAGUGGUGCGUAUGUUCAUGGUGAUUGUUGUUCUCUUCGCCGUCUGCUGGCUUCCUUAUCACGGCUAUUUCGUAUACCAGUUCAUCGACGACCAAGUCAUCUCCUACAAAUACGUCCAGCACAUUUUCCUCGCAUUCUAUUGGCUGGCCAUGAGCAACGCUAUGAUCAACCCGCUCGUCUAUUACUACAUGAACGCCAGGUUUCGUCAGUACUUCAAGACGGUCCUCUGCCAUUUUCUGUGUUGCGGACGGCGACUCUCUACUAUGACGGAGCUGGCGGGCGCUGCAGCUCAUCUCGGACAGCCUGGCCGUCGUUCCAGUCCCGAUCGAUCGCUACCACCAGGUCCGAUUAUGAUUCAUCAUGGUCUGCGGUCACGUCAGAGCCACAACGGACAAAUGGGCCAGCCCAAUGGAUUGAGCGGCGUCCGUCAUCAGCCGGACCAUUCGUCGUCAUCGCAGAGCAAUUCGCGUCACUCGAUCCAGCACGAGGGCCAUCAACGAUGUCUCGUUUUUGGAAAGUUGGCCGAGCCGCAUCACAAUCAGAUGCAUCCAAACCACUUCCAUCAUCAGCGCUAUCAGCAUCAGUCCUACUAUUCGCCAGACCCGAGCGACAAUAGCGCUGGCGCCAUCCGCUGGAUUACGGCACGCAAAAACUUUAACUCCGCCUGGCUGCCGCUGACGACGCUGUCAGCACCGCCGUCGCUCGAGAUUUACAACUCGUUGACUCAUUGCCAAAAUUAUCGGCACGCCAACCGCAACGGAUACAACAAGGAAAACUCGCUCUGGGCCGACACCAAAAUCUAAUCAACCCAUACAUCAUCCACGACAAAUAGAGUUUAGAACAUUUUGCUGCGAGAAGCUCUCGGGAUCGCUUGUUUGAAUUGCGUUCGGCCUACAUUUGCGAACAAUCGUUCGACGAAACGGCCUAAUUUUGCGGAGCAUCAUAUUUCGCCGAAGGCACAGAAAUUCCGUGAGAAUAGGAGAGUGUACAACUUCCACGAUUAUUGGCUCGCGUGAUUUGCUCAGUCCUAUAUAAUUCCCUUUUAUCCUAUUGUGUGUACAGCAACCGUGAUCUUCCCUGAUUUGCCCGUUGAACAAGAAAAUCGUUAAGAGCUGAUCAAUUAUUUUUGGAUUCGAUAGUUCUAAUACGUUAUUGCAGAGAACGAAUAUUUCCUAUAGAAUUAGACUAUACAAAGGCGAACCAAAGUUCUCGAAUAAAAUGGUUAGUUAAUCGCAGUACAAUGUUGGCGUAACACAAAAAUAAUUUUACGUCUAUUGUCAUGAUCGCUGUGUUGAAUGCUGUGAUUUUUACUGGAAAUAUAUACACACCUUGUCGUGGAGCACUAUCCGCUAAACAUUAACGGUGUUAUCUAACAAAUAAACACAAGCUGAACAAUAAAUUUAUUUUUCUAACAAAAA